AGGGCUGGCCACGAUGCCCUGGGGUGGGGGCUCCCCUUCCCUCUCUGCAACUGGCCAGACCCUGCUGUGCCAAGGGGCAUAUAUUGCCCCAGUACUGGAAUCCAGUCCCCUAUGCUGGAGGGUGACCGGGGACUGGAGACCUUUGGAUCCCAGGUUUUCUCACCUUUUCGCAGGACUUCCCAGGCAUGGGAAGCCUUGGCUGCCAACGGGGUGUCUCCCAGGCUCCAGCAGCAUGGUGGGAACAGAGGAGCCCUCUAACACCUUCCUGCCCACCUCAAGGCUGGGCUUUUCCUGCCAGCCACUGCUCCCUGUGGCCUGAAGGUCCCUCUGGUGUGUCCUUGGUUGGCACAAGAGCGAUGCCAGCUCCUGCCACCGGGCUGGGCCCUGCCCUUUGGCUCCGGGAUGCUGCCAGGGACUUGCCGAUCUCCACACAGGACUUGGACGUUCCCAGGACUCUGCCUUUCCCUGGCCCCGGGGCUGAAAAACCUGGGAGUGACCCUGAGAUCUCUCCCUUCUCAGCCUUAUCUGUGCAUGGCCACGGACAGCCUACGUCCCCAGUGAGUGUGGGAUGCCAGCAGCCCCCUCUUUCUGCCCCUCUGCCUAACGCAGCCCCAUUCCAGGUCUGCGCCCAUGACAAAGCCUGGGACCUGCUCCGUCCUAACAGCCGAGCCCUGCAAGUGAUGGAUGUUGCACCCCUGGGCCUGAUUGUGGAGGAGGCAACAGAAAUUGCCGUGCCCGAUGCCCAAGCUGCCAUCAGCGUCUACACGUGGGGGCUGGGUGCCAUCCCGGCACUGUUCCAGGGGUGUGCACAGCAGCCCCCCGCAGACGGGUGCUCAGCCACGCAGGGUGCCGGCAGCCUCUUCACUCUCACCGUGGAGCGGGAGCUGGAGGGCGGCAGGCACCGGCGCUCGGCCCUCAGGAUCCUGGCACCCGGUGGGGCCAUUGGGCCCUGCCCCGAGCCGGCACCGGCUGCCAGCCACCCCCCGCCUGACACUGGCUGCUUGCCCUGGAUCGUCGAGCGGAUGCUGGAGGGGAACAGCCUGACGUUCCUGCUGCUGUGUGUCACGCUGCCAGGUAGCCCCUCGGACUGGGACGCUGCUUUGGGGUGCCCCCUCCCUGAAGUUUCCCCCCAUCCCGCCCCACACCUGGCACUUGGUCCCUGGGUGCUGCCCGGGGAUACCCGCCGUCGUCGGAAGCUGGACACCGGCUUUACUCAUCCCCAUCAGCCCCGACCCUGGGCCAGGCACUGGGACGUCCCCGUGUUGGUGGACCCCCGUGGCCCCUGCCCAGGGCUUGCUGCUCUCCCAGACACCUCCAGAGAAGAGAUGCUGGCGGCCCUGCAGCUGGCCAAGCGGGUGAAAGGGCUGGCCAAGACGAUCUCAGCCACGUUGUGGGACCCCGUGCAAGAGGUCGCGGCACGUCGGAGGGAGAUCCGAGGGCUGCGGAUGGAGCUGCUGGCUGGAGCUGGCCUCCCUGAGCAGAAGAUGGCUGUGGACCAGCUGCGGAGAGCCCUGCGGGAGCUGCAGGUGCUGAAGAGCCAAGGGUGGGAGAAGAAGCAGGCAGCGGCCGAGGUGCUCAGGACAAGCCAGAUGCAUCAGCCCAGUGCCAAGGACUGGGUCUCCACAGGAAAUACAGCACUGGGCCAGCAGCCUGGGACCCAAACGCCCCCGACCAGCGCCAGCCUGGAGCCAGCAGGUCGGGAGCGUGGGGACAGGCACACACCCCACGCCUGGGUGGCUGACAUGUGGGCACGGAGCGUCACUUUACAUGGACUGGGUGUCGGUGAGAGCAGCCGGGGAGGGGAGAGCCAAGCCCCGGCGAGCGCAGGGCAGGGUCUGCCAGAGGAGCCCUCACCGAGCAAAGCACCACAGCCGUGGCCAAUGACCAGGGGUGACACAGUGAGUGGGAGCCCACUGGGUCCCUGCCUGCUGCUCCUGGGAAGGAGCAGUGCCCAGGGCCCGCAGCCCUCUGCACCAGCAGCACUGGGUCCCCCAGAUGCUGUCCAAGCCUGCUCUGCCCUCUGCCAGGCAGGGAGCCAGCGCCAGCCGUGCCCGUCCCUGGAGGUCCAGUACGCCCUGGCCAAGGCGCAGAGGCAGCGGCUGCGAGCUCAGCACUGCCUGCUCCUCCAGCGAGAGCUUGGGGAUGGGGCAGUGCCAGACCAGGAGGCGAGCAGAGAGGUGGGCACCCGGCUCUCCUUCCCUGGCACUGCUCUCCCAGGGCAGGGUAGCCUCAGGGAGCAAAGACACCCCAGAGCUGCCCUGUCCUCGUCCCUGUCCCCCACAGUGGGAUGCAGUUCGCUGGCAAAAGGAGGUGGCCACGCUGGGCCUGAGCCUGGAGGCAGCACGGAGGGAGCGGGAGGCAGCCGAGUGGGACCUGGAGGCCUUGCUGCAGAGCCACCGGCAGGAGAUGCAGGCCUGCAGGCAGCACCUGCUGCAGGUUGGCAGGGAGGGCUGGGGACGCACCUUCAGGCUGCCAGGGCUGUGCCAGGUAGCCCCAGGCAUCCCUGCAGGUGCUUCAGGACCAGCAGCGCCUGGCAGAGGAGCAGAGGGAAGCCCUGGACCGUAGGCACCGGGUGCUGCUGCAGGAGGUGCUCUGGGACGCCGUGGAGCUUGCCGCGCACAAUCAGCGGUUGCGGGACACCAGAUGGCUGGGCUCGGCCGAUGCCGCCACACAGACACCCUGAGCCAGCAUCCCAGGGUGGCGGGGACAGCUGCCCUGGCAGGCAGGCAGGAUGGGGUCCCUGCAGACCCCUGCCACCUCAACCCCCCCCUCCCUGGAGCGAGCCACCAGCCUGGAUGCCAGGCGACCGGCCGGCCCCAGCUACAGCCAUUCCACAGGGCAAGGCCUCCUGUCCUGCCUGCCGAGAGCUGCUCCCUGAAGAAACCUGGCCCCAGGGAGGGUGCUUCCUGGCAGAAGCGAGGGAGCACUUCACCCCUCUGCCCCCAAGGGAAAAACCCUGCUCUGCUGCUGGGCACCUGCCUGCAGGAGCGUGGGCUCAGGCACAGCCCUGCAACAGGAGCAGAGCAGGCACGGUAAGAAGGCCGGUGGCUCCCCAGCUGCUGCCAUGUGGAAUAAAGUGGGUGCCCCUUCACCAAUGA